AUGAACUAUGUUGGGCAACUGGCCGGGCAUGUCCUGGUUACUGUGAGGGAACUGUAUAAAGGAAUCAACCAGGCUACCCUUUCAGGCUGCAUUGAUGUGAUUGUGGUCCAGCAGCAAGAUGGAACUUUCCUGUGCUCACCUUUCCAUGUUCGUUUUGGGAAGUUAGGCGUUCUUCGGUCCAAGGAAAAAGUGAUUGACAUAGAAAUCAAUGGAGAACCUGUGGAUUUGCACAUGAAGCUUGGUGAUAAUGGUGAAGCAUUUUUUGUACAAGAAACAGAAGAAGAAGGUGAACAGGUUCCUGCAUACCUGGCUACCUCACCUAUACCUACAGAUGACCAUUUUUUUAUGAAUGUCCAUAGCCAUUUGCCAAACUCAGGGGAAGAUGAAGAAACUUCUCCAUUGUCUCACACCACAGAGCCUGAGAACAUUAGCACAGGGUCUGUGAAAAAGAAGAAGAGGAAAAGAAGGAGAGUUAAACAUGACAAGAAGGAGGAUGUUCCCCUUACCACUGGAGCUGAGGAAAUAUUUGAAAUUGAAAUCAGCUCUGAUGAGGAGAGUCCAGUUCAUCCACCAAGAUCAUCUAAAGAGGAGGAAUAUAGAGAACAGUUUAUCUGCCACUCAUCUGAUCACUACGCCUUGUCUGACGGAGACUGGUCUCCACAAGACAGUGGUUUUUUCGCAGUCUAUGGGUCCAAAGAGUGAUUCAGAGCUAGAAGUUAAAUCUUCAGAGAAUAUGCUCAGAACAGAACCUCAGAUGGAGUGGACGUGGGGAGGCUUUCCAGAGUCUGCCAAGGCUUGCAAAAAGGAAAGAAUAGAGCACUUACGGACAGCCACAAUUACUCCUUCUGAGAACACGCACUUUAGGGUGAUCAGUUCUGAGGCCUUGUCGGGCACAACUGAGGAUUCAUCCACUGAGGACUCUGUUUGCACAGUUCUUAAACCAGAGCCACGACCUCACUCCAUCAGUGUUCAGAUAGAUCCAGACCAGUUAACAACUGAUGAAACCACCCCGACCUCUCCUUCUGCACCAGAAGACCUCCUCCCCCAGGAGACUGCUGAUAUUGUGUCAGAUAUGAAGCCUUCCUUAAAAACAGACUCUCCAACUAAGAAGAAAGGAGUGAGGAAGAGAAGCCAGCAUCAGGGCCCAGGUGAUAUUUAUCUGGACGACUUGAAUGUUUUGGAGCCUGAAGUGGCAGCACUUUAUUUUCCUAAAAGCGAAUCCGAUCCAGGUUCAAGGCAGUGGAUGGAAUCAGACCAGCUCUCAGGCUCCCAAUCCCCCCAGUCUGUGGGUAGCGCUGCUGCGGAUAGUGGUACAGAAUGCCUCUCUGAUUCAGCCAUGGACUUACCAGAUGUCACGCUCUCUCUGUGUGGAGGGCUAACUGAGAAUGGAGAGAUCUCUAAAGAGAAAUUCAAGGAACACCUUAUUACAUAUCAACAGUUUGCAGAAAAUCCAGGAAUAAUCGACAAUCCUAAUUUAGUUGUGAGGAUCUAUAACAGGUACUAUAACUGGGUACUGGCAGCACCGAUGAUCCUGAGUUUGCAAGUAUUUCAAAAAAACUUACCCAAGAAUACCAUUGAGUCCUGGAUGAAAGAAAAGAUGCCAAAGAAAUCUGGAAGAUGGUGGUUCUGGCGAAAAAAAGAUGGUGGUUCUGGCGUUAAACAGCCAGACGCAAAGGAGGAGAAACUGGACACAGACGUGGCCAGUGAGCAAGUAUCAGAAACCAAGGAUCCACCUGCUAUCCGACCGUCUGCUGAGGAUAAUUCUUCAACUGAUGAAGAUUCAAUGGAGCUGAAGCAGAUAAAAAUUGAGCCUGCACCUUUGGAGUAUCCAAAUCAUGGAAGUACUGUGUCUUAUCGCAAGACCCUGCGCUUGUCAUCAGAACAAAUAGAAAAGUUAAAGCUUCGAGAUGGUCCAAAUGACAUUGUCUUUAGUAUUACAACCCAGUAUCAGGGCACGUGUCGUUGUGAAGGCACCAUUUAUCUCUGGAACUGGAAUGAUAAGAUCAUUAUUUCUGACAUCGAUGGAACAAUUACUAAGUCAGAUGCUUUGGGACAAAUUCUUCCUCAGCUUGGGAAAGACUGGACGCAUCAAGGCAUUGCCAAACUAUACCACCACUCUAUACAUGAGAAUGGGUACAAAUUUCUGUAUUGUUCAGCCCGUGCUAUCGGCAUGGCAGAUAUGACUAGAGGCUAUUUACACUGGGUAAAUGAUAAAGGCACUAUCCUACCUAGAGGACCACUUAUGCUGUCUCCUAGCAGUCUGUUCUCUGCAUUCCACAGGGAAGUCAUUGAAAAGAAGCCUGAGAAGUUCAAGAUAGCGUGUCUAAAUGACAUAAAGAAUUUGUUUGGUUCAAAACAACAACCAUUUUAUGCUGCUUUUGGAAACCGACCCAAUGAUGUGUUUGCCUAUAUGAAAGUUGGUGUACAAGAUUUUCGAAUUUUUACUGUCAACCCAAAAGGCGAAUUAAUACAAGAGAGGACAAAAGGGAAUAAGACCUCGUAUAGCAGACUUAGUGAGCUGGUAGAACACGUCUUUCCUUUGCUUGAUAAAGAACAGAACAGCGCUUUCACUUGCCCAGAGUACAGCUCAUUUUGCUAUUGGAGAGAUCCCUUACCAGAACUAAACAUGGCAGACUUGACGUAA